AUGUCCGUCACAUGUCAGACGAAGCUCAGCAUCGAGUCAUCGGGAUCGUAUGACGCAUCUUUUAAUUUAACUCUCAUACUUGUGAUUCUUUGCUCCUUAAAGGCUGUUGAUCACUUGGAAAGGAUUGAUCGCUGGCUCCAGUCUCGACUAGCUUCGGAUAUCAGUGAGGGGGUUGACGAGGCUGAUUCUUCCUGUUCGCCUUGGAUACCGACCGACACCGAGGCCUCUCUAAUGCUUUAUCGCAUUGAGUGCCUCUUUGAAAUGUCGAGGAGACAGUCCGAGCCAAAACGAAUUAUUUACGAGACUCAGAAGACUACAGAUUCGGACAUCAUCGAGACCGCAGGCUCGUUAGUCCCUUUGUGCCGUUCAAUUCAUUCUGGUUCUCCAGUAUUUUGGCACGCCAUGGUGACAGGAUAUCGAAUAGCCGGAAAACUGAUAGAGAAUUCGAACUUGACACUCGGUAAUCAGUUUCUUUGUAUGUUUCAUUUAGUAUGA